AUGGACGAGUACGACUCCAAGUACUCGCGCAACAAUGUCGAGAUGCGAGCCAUCGACGACGAGAUCCGCGACCUCGAGUUCGACCGUAAUCCGAACGCGGCGACAAACAAGCAAUGGGCGACACCGAACGAUAUCAAGGACAUGGACGACCUCGGUCUGACACCAACAUUCAAGAGACGUUUCAAGUUCGUUGCUAUGGUUGGCUUUAGCAGUACUGUCGUGGUGGCCUGGCAGAACAUGUUGGCGACCUUCUAUUUCGCGCUAUACAACGGAGGAACGGGAGGCCUGUUCUGGGGCUUCGUCUUUUCACUGUUCGCCAUGACCUUCGUCUACCUCACCAUUGCGGAGCUCUCUUCAUCCUUCCCUACAGCCGGUGGACAAUACCAAUGGGUGUCCGAGUGUGCUCCCCAGAGCUGCAGCAAGCUUCUCGCGUAUUGUACUGGCUGGCUCGUUACCCUCUCCUGGGUCACUUUCCUCGGAGCCUGCGCGGUGGCUAUCGGCAACAUCAUCAAAUACUGCAUCCUGAUCUACCACCCGAACUCCUCGGCUGCGAACAGCCAGUGGCUUCCCACCCUGUUUGCUCUGUGCUUCCUGAUUGGCGGUGCCUUCUUCAACAUCUACUUGGCCAAGCGGUUUCCUCUCAUUGAGGGUAUCAUGCUGUGCAUCCAUUUGGCGGGCUGGGCGGCAGUCGUGGUCACCCUGUGGACCACAGCGCCUCGCGGAAACGCCCACGAUGUCAUCUUUGGAUUCACCAACCCUGGUGGAUGGGAGAACGCCGGCGUGGCAUCGAUCAUCGGUGUGCUCACGCCUUUCAGCUCGCUUGUCGGAUAUGACAGUUCGGUGCACAUGACUGAGAACGCAAGAGAUGCAUCCCGCACCAUUCCUCUGUCGCUGUUGACGGCAUACGGUCUGAACUCGGCCAUGGCCUUCAUUGCCGCCAUCACCAUGGUCUUCUGCGUUGGAGACGUCAACGAAGUCCUCCUUGCGCCCUCGCCUUUCGUGGAGGUUUUCCUCAACGCCACUGGAAGCAGGGCCGGCACUGUCAUUCUGAUCGUGCCCAUCAUCCUGGGCUUCACUUCUGCUUUGAUCAGUGAAGUCGCCACUGCAAGCCGUCAACUGUGGUCGUUCGCAAGAGACGGCGGGCUGCCGGGUGGUCACUGGCUCGAACCUGUACCUGAUGCCGAAACCCCCCGUCGCGCCGUUUGGGUCACCGUCGCCAUCUCCUUUGCCCUCUCCUGCAUCAACUUCGGCCCCGUGGUCGGAUUCAACGCCAUCGUCUCCCUCGUCAUCUGCGCCCUCGCCUUCUCCUACAGCAUCACCAUCAGCUGCGUCAUCUACCGCCGCUACUUCGGCAAGCCCUUGCCUUCAGAGCGCUUCAACCUUGGCCGCGCUGGCGGCAUCAUCAACAUCAUCGCCCUCCUCUGCGUGCUCCCGAUCACGAUCUUGUCGGUCUUCCCGUCGGUGCCGAACCCGAGCCCUUCAUUGAUGAAUUGGUCGUCCCUCGUCUUCGGGACUGUGACUAUUGUGGCGGCGAUCAACUACUUUGCCGGUGGGAGGAAGGGAUUCAACCCGCCCAUUCGCAAGCUGGACUAG